CUUCAACGGCCUUAGUCUGCUUAGCCAAGAUGGCGGCUUCCGAUCCAACUGGGGGCAGGGGGAAAUUGGGUAGGUAGGUGCCAAGCAACGUGCGCUUGUCGAAUUGCCUGGCUGCCGUCGCUUUGCCAAGUGCGCAAUGUCGCGACCUGCCCUUAACGAACCAUGGCUUGGCCCGUCAGAGUCGCACCGAAGCCAAAGGCCAAGACCGCCAGGUACAAGGCCAAGACCACCAGCAGGGCCGCUGAUGCAAGAGGCACUCGUAACUGCCGCAUUGGGGCGGCCCGCCGUCUGGGCGUGUCGACGUGCUCGUCUUGCCGACUGCGACAAUUCCGCGCGAUGCGGCUUCGAGAAGGUGGCGCCGAGCGAGCGUACAAUAUCUCGACCACAAAAGGCAGGAUGGCGUGUAGGUAGCGUCGCAGCAGAGGCAGGUAACAGCGCUGCCGGCCAGGCCACGCCCGAGCCAAAGACAUACAAAUUGCCCCGGCGGCUGCUCCCUUGGUGGCAUUCUCGUCUCUUCCUCGCCACCGCCUCCCUCGAUCGAGUGUAUUUGUUUAUUAACUACUCAACCCAAGUCACUCUUUUGCACUUCUCGAUCACCAUGAGGGUCCUCUCCUCCGUCGCCCUGGCGCUGCCGGCCCUCUCGGCUGCCGCCACCAUCCCCAGGGGUGCGUCCAAGCCCAAGUGCAAGCCGUUGGUCAGCUCCGAGCAGCUCCAGGGGCUGGUCAAGCUCGAUGGCCUCGUGGCCAGCGCCCAGAAGCUGCAGGACUUUGCCGAUGCCAACGGCCACAACCGCGCCUUUGGCAGCCCCGGUCACAACGCCACGGUCGACUACCUGUACAACACGCUCUCGGCGCUCGACUACUACGACGUGACCAAGCAGGCCUUCACCGACAUCUUCUCGGCGGGCUCGGCCAAGCUCACCGUGGCCGGCAGCGACGUAGACGCCCAUAUCCUGACCUACACGCCCGGCGGCACCGCCACCAGCACGGUGGUCGCCGUGUCCAACCUGGGCUGCAACGCCGCCGACUUCCCGGCCGAGGCCGCGGGCAAGGUGGUGCUCAUCUCGCGCGGCAGCUGCACGUUCGCCAUCAAGGCGACCAACGCCAAGACAGCCGGUGCCGUGGGCGCCAUCAUCUACAACAACGCGCCGGGCACUAUCAGCGGCACGCUCGGCGAGCCGUUUGGCGCGUACGCGCCCGUCGUCAGCAUCACGCAGGCAGAGGGUGAGGCCAUCCUUGCCAAGGUUGCCGCGGGCCCCGUCGAGGUCGUCCUCGACGUCGAUGCCGUCGUCGAGGAGCGCGUCACCUUCAACGUCGUGGCCGAGACCAAGCAGGGCGACCACGACAACGUGCUGGUGCUGGGCGGCCACACCGACUCGGUGUCUGACGGCCCGGGCAUCAACGACGACGGCUCCGGCACCGUCGGCAUCCUCAACGUGGCCGUCGCGCUGUCGCAGUUCAAGGUCAAGAACGCCGUACGCUUCGGCUUCUGGUCGGGCGAGGAGUUCGGCCUGCUGGGCUCCAACUUCUACGUCGAGCAGCUGAGCAGCAACGCGGCCGAGCUCGCCAAGGUCCGCGCGUACCUCAACUUCGACAUGAUCGCCAGCCCCAACCCCAUCUACGGCAUCUACGACGGCGACGGCAGUGGGUUCGGCACCGCCGGGCCGGCCGGCUCCGACAUCAUCGAGAAGGACUUUGAGGACUUCUACGCGGCUAAGGGCUCUGCGCACGUGCCGUCGGCGUUCGACGGACGGUCCGACUACUCAGCCUUCAUCGACGCAGGCAUCCCGGCGGGCGGCCUGUUCACGGGCGCCGAGGGGAUCAAGACGGUCGAAGAGGCGGCCCUGUUCGGCGGCGAGGCCGGUCAACCGUACGACGUCAACUACCACGGCCCCGGCGACGACGUCAACAACCUCAAUCUCGACGCCUUCCUGCUCAACAGCAAGAGCAUCGCCAACUCGGUCGCCAAGUACGCCCUCAGCUUCGACUCGCUGCCGCCCGCCGCUGCCCGCAACGGCAAGCGCGCUGAUGUUGCGCCGCGGUCGGCCAAGCGCAAAGGUCGCCCGCACGGCCUCGACUUUGAGUAGGCGCAGAACGGCCUGGCAGGGCAGGGCAUGGCAGGGCAGGGCAUGGCAUGGCAUUUAUUCAUUACUUCUUCUUCUUCUUCUUCAUGACGAAACCCAGGGACAGAGGAUGAUUAAUAUCUGCACAUUUGUGCCUGUAACUGGCCAUGUCUAAUGUAUAAUCACGCACACAAUAGUACGCAGCCAUGUACCUUUCAUAUGUAAAUAAUUAAUAUUCAGAAACCAAGCCCGAUCGUGACUUGAGUCCCUCA